GUGUCAAAACGAAAGAGAAGCACCUCGACCUUUCCUUGGCAAACACUUUGAGAAUCCUCUCCAUCUAACGUCCAGCAGAUACUGGCCGAAACCCUCCAAAAUACCAAAACCUUGCCCCCGCUGGAUCAUUCUAGAACCCAGCCUUCUUCCCAUCUUCCCUGUUAUAUUAACCCUCACAAAACCCUUCCUUCCUACCUCGCGAGACACUUCGCUUAUCUUCUUCUCCAUCUGAAUUUCACAAACCAACUAGGUGGGAUUGAAAGCUCAGGUUGAUUGGUUCAAGGUGAUACAAAAAUGGCUUCCUCAACAGCACAAAUUCUCGGCGGGAUGGGGUUUGUUGGGUCCUCCCCGACCCCGGCGAGAAAACCCAGUUUCUCCUUCGCCCCAAAGACUGUAUUUUUGGGCCAGAAUUUGGGCGGGGUUUCCAAGACGGCGGCUUUCCUGAGGUACAAGCGUGGUCCGGCGGGGAGGCACUCCACCGGACCGGUGAGGGUCGUUAGCGAGAAGGUGGUCGGGAUCGAUUUGGGGACGACGAAUUCGGCCGUGGCGGCGAUGGAAGGAGGCAAGCCGACGAUCGUCACCAACGCUGAAGGGCAGAGGACGACGCCGUCUGUGGUGGCGUAUACCAAAAACGGCGACAGGUUGGUUGGGCAGAUCGCCAAACGGCAGGCCGUCGUGAACCCCGAGAACACUUUCUUCUCCGUUAAGAGGUUCAUUGGUAGGAAGAUGUCCGAGGUUGAUGAGGAGUCGAAGCAGAUUUCGUAUAAAGUGGUGAGGGAUGAGAAUGGGAAUGUGAAGCUGGAUUGUCCUGUUCUUGGUAAGCAGUUUGCUGCUGAGGAGAUUUCAGCUCAGGUGUUGAGGAAACUUGUGGAUGAUGCUUCCAAGUUUCUGAAUGAUAAAGUGACCAAAGCUGUGGUGACAGUACCAGCUUACUUCAAUGAUUCACAAAGGACAGCUACAAAGGAUGCUGGGCGUAUUGCCGGGUUGGAAGUUCUGAGGAUCAUCAAUGAACCUACUGCUGCGUCAUUGGCGUAUGGUUUUGAGAAGAAGAACAAUGAGACCAUUCUUGUUUUCGACCUUGGUGGUGGUACAUUUGAUGUUUCAGUGCUUGAAGUUGGUGAUGGUGUCUUCGAGGUGCUGUCAACGUCAGGAGAUACACACUUGGGCGGUGAUGACUUUGACAAGAGAAUUGUUGAUUGGCUUGCCUCUGACUUCAAAAAGAAUGAAGGUAUUGAUCUGCUGAAGGACAAACAAGCACUUCAAAGGCUAACUGAAACAGCUGAGAAAGCAAAAAUGGAGCUUUCUACUUUGACCCAGGCAAACAUCAGUUUGCCUUUCAUUACUGCUACGGCUGAUGGACCCAAGCAUAUCGAGACAACUCUUACCAGGGUGAAAUUCGAAGAACUCUGUUCUGAUUUGCUUGACAGGGUAAAAACUCCAGUUGAAAAUUCAUUGAGGGAUGCGAAGCUCAGUUUCAAAGACCUUGAUGAAGUGAUUCUUGUUGGUGGGUCAACCCGUAUUCCUGCAGUUCAGGAGCUUGUGAAAAAAUUGACAGGAAAGGAACCAAAUGUCACUGUAAAUCCUGAUGAAGUUGUUGCUUUAGGUGCUGCGGUUCAGGCAGGUGUUUUGGCUGGAGACGUAAGCGAUAUCGUUUUGCUGGAUGUAACGCCAUUAUCUCUUGGUCUUGAAACUCUGGGAGGUGUGAUGACCAAGAUUAUCCCCAGGAACACCACUUUGCCCACCUCCAAAUCAGAGGUUUUCUCCACUGCUGCUGAUGGUCAAACAAGUGUGGAGAUCAAUGUCCUCCAAGGAGAGAGGGAGUUUGUUAGGGACAACAAGUCGCUAGGAAGUUUCAGAUUGGACGGCAUUCCUCCAGCACCUCGUGGUGUCCCCCAGAUCGAAGUGAAAUUCGAUAUAGAUGCCAACGGAAUCCUCUCUGUCUCUGCUGCUGACAAGGGCACGGGCAAGAAGCAAGAUAUUACCAUCACGGGUGCCAGCACAUUGCCAAGCGACGAGGUUGAGAAGAUGGUCAAGGACGCAGAGAGAUUUGCAAAGGAAGACAAGGAGAAGAGAGACGCCAUCGACACCAAGAACCAGGCCGACUCUGUCGUGUACCAGACGGAGAAGCAGCUCAAGGAGCUCGGAGACAAAGUCCCGGCUCCGGUGAAAGAAAAGGUGGAGGCCAAACUGCAAGAGCUCAAGGACGCAAUUGCCAGCGAAACGACCCAGACAAUCAAGGACGCAAUGGCUGCCCUGAACACCGAAGUGAUGCAACUUGGACAGUCUCUUUACAACCAACCUGGCGCAGCUGCUGCUCCUGGCGGUGAGCCUGGUGCUACUGCCUCUGAUUCUUCAUCGUCAGACAAGGGGCCGGAAGGAGACGUGAUCGAUGCAGAUUUCACCGACAGCAAGUGAGAGAGACAAGCAUCUGGGAAGAAAGGCAGUAUGUUUAUGAUUCUUUCUUCCCACUAUGUGCUCCAUGAAAUGUGCACUCCUAUUAUUGUUCAUUUCGCGAGCUGUUGGCCGAUUAAGUGUAGUGGUGUGCCAUGGGGAUAUCAUUUACAGGGUUAAAAACAGGCAGACAUUUUUAUUCGAGACUGGAGAGGUCGAUCGAGAAGGGAAAUGGUAGAGAAGUAGGAAAUAUGAACCCUUAGAACUGAGAAGACUGUAGGUCCUUGUUUCUUAUGUGUGGUGACCCCAAGAGCAUAGUUGAUGAACUUGGGAAAGCUUGAAUCAAACGUGGUUUCUGAUGUAAGAUUGUUCUGCUGGUGGCAAGGCUAUAUUGGCUCGUCGGUGACUUCCAUCAGAACUCUAAUCAUUGAGCGGCUGAGAUCACCAUCUAAUCUUUCCUCUACUUGUUAUAGUUCCAAAAAAUUAACCUAG